CCGGUUCCAGUCUUAGCGAGAGACACUUCUCAUCGCACGCUGUCUGCUCACCCACUGUUUCAGGCAGCAUAGUCGAGCACGAUGGGUCUCGUUCCGAAGCUCUCCAUGAGCUGCUUCUGCUGCACUCUCAAGACGGGCAGCUUCGUCACCGCUGUCUUCCUACUGGUGGGCAGCUGCGUCCAAGUCGGCUACUACGCUUUCCUGGUAACACACAUGAAUCCGCAGGAGAUGUGCGUCCGAUAUGAAACCGUGAUAGUAACAGAACCCCCACCCGUGCGUCAUACCUAUGACUACGAUUACUAUGACUACGACACCUACAACCCACAGCGAGGGAGUUACAGCGACAUACUUCGUAGGUUGUGGGGCUAUGAACCGUAUCCUCCCUCCGAGGAGAGUGGCAAACCAUAUGGGAAGGACGCAGCAAAUACCACGGACGGUGGGCUAGCGAACUCUAGCUAUGCAGCCAACACCACAGAUGACGAGCAGACAAACUCAAGCUAUGCAGCCGAAACAACAGAUGGUGAGCCAACAAAAUCGAGCUAUGCAGCCGACACCACAGAUGGUGAGCCUACAAAAUCGAGCUAUGCAGCCAACACCACAGAUGCUACGCCAACAAACUCAAGCUAUGCAGGCAACACCACAGAUGCUACGCCAACAAACUCAAGCUAUGCAGCGGGCGGCAGCGGGUCGUACCCGUACUGGUCGCUUAACCCUUGGGGACGCCGGCGCUGGAGGUUUGGAGGUUUCUGGGGAUUCCCGCCAUACCCCCGACAACACCUGGGAACGAGAUCGUACUUGAGGCCCUGUAUUCGAGACUAUAAGCCUUUCGACGCGGAUAACAGCGUUCUGGACUUCGACCUGAGGGGACAGUUUGACAAAUCAAUCCUGUACUUCAACAUCGGCAUAUGGGUUGCCAUGAUGGCUGCCACACCACUGCUGAUGGCGGGUGUCUACAAGGAAUCAGCGACCAUGGUGACGUCGUGGCUCGUGACCGAGAGUCUGCUCCUUAUGGUGGCCACGGCGAGUACGUUGGCGACAGCGACGUUCAUGCUCCACGUCAUCCCCGUACAGAUCCCCAUCGUCACGCUGCUCAACAUGGCCAUACAUCUCGGCCUUGACAUCUACUACCUGAUGGUGGUGGCCAACUUUCGCCGACAGCUGACAACCAAAGAGGAAGACGAGGAGAACGACGACAAGCAGGUUGAACAAGUGAUAGUGUGAUAACAAGGCAGAAGCCAGGGUGCGUUCGGACUGGGCACUUGGGCCUGGUGUGAUGUCAACCUAGGUUUCGUUUCUGUCUCAACAGCUGUGUGUACGUAGCGUGUGUAGGCAUGCAACGUGGGUGCUGGCUACCGACGAUAAACCAAUAAAUAAUGUAUCAUUAUAAAUCUGAAAUAAUUAAUUUUCCCUUCAGACGUUUGAGUUUCAUCUUUAUCUACGAUAAUAAUAGAAGCUGAAAAAAUGAAUUAAUAUUUGAGCCGUGACCAGGUCUCCUUGUUUACUAGGCAUGCAUGCUAACCAUUACACCACGACAAAAGUAUAGUUUACGUAACUCUACUGACUACCCCAAUUAGCGAGGGCAGUGGACAAGGGGGGUCCAUGAAGGUAUGUUAGCUAUAGUGUUGUGGUGAUGUAAUGACUGCCGUACCUGCCUAGUAAGCAAGGAGACGCGGUUCAAGUCCCUGCCAUGGUACAAAUUUAAAUAAUUUCCUCAGCUUCCGUCAUUAAUAUUAGUUCUGCAGUAUCUGCUAACAUAUUUGUAAAUAUGAAUUCUUAAAAAAUCGCUCUACAGAAUGUCUAAUUCCUCAUGCAACUACAUAUAUAAAGAAUUUUAAGCUUGA